UCUGUCGGAUCUGUCAUUCAUUCCGAGUUUUCCUUCGCUUACGCUAUAAGCUUAAUUUCUGGCAUUUAUCUAUUGUAAAAUCAGACAUAUUUUAUACAAUAAUAAACAAGUGUUAAUUAUGGCUUCUAGUGAGACAUCGGAUCAAAAUGUGAAGUCUCGGCGGCCCGCAGAAUCUGCAUUUAAGCAGCAGCGACUGCCUGCUUGGCAGCCCAUACUUACUGCCGGAACUGUACUACCAACGUUUUUCGUGAUUGGGAUUGCAUUUAUUCCAGUUGGGAUUGGGCUCCUAUACUUCUCAGAUGAGGUCAAAGAGCAUGUAAUAGACUACACAUAUUGCAUUAGAGAAGGUGAUGAAAGCAACACAACUUGCGCUACUUAUAUACAGAAUAAAACUAUGUCAGAAUGCCAAUGUUCCAUCUCCUUCAAUCUCACUGAGGACUUCAAGGGAGACGUCUAUUUCUACUAUGGGCUUAGCAACUAUUACCAGAAUCAUCGUCGAUAUGUUAAAUCAAGAGACGACAACCAGCUGUUGGGGCGGCUGUCGCUGACGCCGUCUUCGGACUGCGAGCCCUUCGCCUACGUCACCCAAGACCCCAACACGCCCAACGCCAGGAAGAUACCCGUGGCGCCCUGCGGGGCUAUAGCCAACUCCUUAUUCAACGACACGCUGACGGUGUGGUCGGAGGACCUGGGGCGGACCGUGCCCGUGAGCCGCACCGGCAUCGCGUGGGACUCCGACAAGACCAUCAAGUUCCGCAACCCGUCCGGGGACCUCAAAACUGCGUUUGCCAACUUCAGCAAGCCGGCUAACUGGGCCAAGAACAUCUGGGAGUUGGAUUUGGAGGACGACAACAACAACGGUUUCCAGAACGAGGACUUAAUCGUGUGGAUGCGCACGGCGGCGCUGCCCACGUUCCGCAAACUGUACCGGCGCGUCAAGCACGACGAGCAGGGCUUCGCCACCGGCCUCGUCAAGGGACUCUAUACUCUCAAAGUCGAAUAUAGAUACCCGGUGAUCGAGUUCGACGGAACCAAGUCGUUCGUAAUCUCGACGACGUCACUACUCGGCGGCAAGAACCCUUUCCUGGGCGUGGCCUACAUCGUGGUGGGCACGCUGUGCCUGCUGCUGGGCAUAGUGCUGCUCGUCAUACACGUGCGGUGCUCCAAGAGCACCACCGAGAUGAUCAACGUGAACCCGCGAACGCCAUACUCCUAAACGAUGUCACAGGUAACGCUAUUUAGCAGAAUCAAUCCGUCUUUAUCUACCAAGUGGUGCCAGAAUGGGACAAAUAAUAUCUUUAUCAUCAUUAGCCUAUAGAUACACAGGUCUAAUCGAAAUUGUCAGACCGGUGGACGAUAUCAGUAACAAAAUAUAGACAUCAAAAUAUCCUUAUCCUUUUUUUGGUGCUAAUAAUAAAAUCCGGCGUGUGGGGUUCCGUAGUUGCCCGUCCGUCACAAUAGGCAGAGUUUAAAGGGAAAUUCCUGGUUGAAUACGGAACCCUAAAAAAGAUUAAUCACUCCUUUUUAGGAUUUUGCUACUGAUAUGGUUGCCUUACCCACUUUAGAGUGCAAAACACCUUAACACCAAUCAACGCAACG